CCCCGCCCCCUCCCGGCCCGCCGCCGCCAUGGAGUCGAACAGGGACGAGGCGGAGCGGUGCAUCGGCAUCGCGCUGGCCGCCGCCAAGGCCAACCAGCCCGACAAGGCCCGCCGCUUCCUGGAGAAGGCGCAGCGCCUCUACCCGUCGCCGCGGGUCCGCGUUCUGCUUGAAUCGCUGAACAAGAACGAGCAGUCGGCCAAUGGCCAGUCCCAAUCCAGGGAGUCCACAAACCCUCAGUUCAAGAAGAUGAGCGGGGACUUCCCAUCGGCCAACGGAGAGGCUGGUGGGGAGGCUCCCAAGGGCUACACUCAGGACCAGGUGGAUGCAGUGAAGAGGGUAAAGCAAUGCAAAGAUUACUAUGAAAUUCUGGGAGUAAACAGAGAAGCUUCUGAUGAGGACCUGAAAAAGGCUUACCGGAAACUUGCGCUGAAGUUUCACCCAGAUAAGAACCAUGCACCAGGGGCUACAGAGGCAUUUAAAGCCAUUGGUAACGCGUACGCGGUAUUGAGCAACCCAGAGAAGAGGAAGCAAUACGACCAGUUUGGAGACGAGAAACUCAACCCUGCUCGGCACGGACACAGUCACUCGGACUUCCACCGCGGGUUUGAGGCAGACAUCUCCCCCGAGGACCUCUUCAACAUGUUUUUUGGUGGUGGUUUUCCUUCUAGUAACGUUCACGUAUACAGCAAUGGCAGGAUGCGAUAUACCUACCAUCAGAGGCAGGACAGACGAGAACAUCAGGGUGACGGUGGCCUUGGGUUGUUUGUCCAGCUGAUGCCUAUCCUCAUCCUGAUCAUCGUGUCUGCUCUCAGCCAGAUGAUGGUCUCCAGCCCACCCUACAGUUUGAGCCAGAGGCCGUCUGUGGGUCACAUACACAGGAGAGUGACAGAGCACUUGAAAGUCGUCUACUACGUAUCUGAGAACUUUGCAGAUGAAUACACGGGCACCAACCUGAAAAACGUUGAAAGGAGCGUGGAGGACGACUAUAUUGCAAACCUUCGAAAUAACUGCUGGAAAGAGAAGCAGCAGAAGGAAGGUUUGUUGUACCGGGCACGUUACUUCGGAGACACGGAUCUGUACCAGCGAGCACAGAAGAUGGGCACCCCCAGCUGUAGCAGACUGUCAGACGUUCAAGCCUCUCUGCACGGCUAGUCACCGCCCGCCCGCUCAGCAGAGGUCUAAACUCUUGAAAUGCCUGAAGACUUUUGGUGAAGUGCGCUGAGCCCGAGGUGACAGACUUUUGAUAUUUAAAAGAGAAUCAAACCUUAUCUUAAAAAGUGGAAUCGGAGAAUUAGCAACGCACAACUGCCCUCUUUCCUCUCUCUGCCUGUCUCCGCCGUUCGACCCACGUCUCAGGCAGCGAUUAAGGACAGGAAAUCAACUGCCCGUCUUCCUCCUUCCCUCCCGACACCGCUAGCGUGCGACGAGUCUCGUCGCUCCUGGGAUCCCACGACCCCCGGAACAGACGCGCAGGGUGUAAACCGACGCGAACCCGCCACAGGAGCCACGAAGCAGGAGACCCUUCGCGACUGCGCGACAGAGAGAGAAAUUGGACGAUUUGGUGAUAAAAGAAAACUUUAAAAAAAAAAAAAGGAAAAUAUAAUCUAUUCAGAAUUAAUUUAUAGCUGUAUAUAUGUUGUACUUUUAAACUAUGCAGGGGUUGGAUGAUUAAAUUAUUUUGUUUUCUGCCCGGAUUGGUAAACAGGGAAGCGGGAAGUCUCUUCCCAGGGUGUCUCGCUCUGCAGCGCUUUCCUGCCUGACACACUAAAACAAGAAUCACUUUGCAGUUACUCCGCUUUGCUUUCUGGAGGACGGCGGCAUUCUGUGGCUUGGGAUGUCCGUACCUGCCUUUUGGGUUUUUAUAAUAAAGGACAUUCCAAAUCUGUAGAGGAUAACAAAAGAAAUCGGGAGGGGGAAACCGUUCGGAUUUGCGGUGCGGUUUUGCAGCGUUGGCAGAAGCUGCAGCGGGUCAGCUGAGCCCUGGCGUCGCGCUCAGUGACGGGAAGGAUUGUCCUGGAUGGUUUUUUUGCUCGUCAGUCGUCAGAUUUAUUUGUGCACGUAACUUUUUUUUUUUUUUUUUUUUUUUUUUUUGCAGAGUCUGCUUUAAUUUUGCCUCGUAAUCAGCGCGCGGCAUUCGUUCUGUAAAGAGGGCUUUCCAUGAGCCGUCUCCCUUUGUUGGGGUGGUUUGGGGUUUUUUCUGUGUCCUACACUUGGGGUUCCUCACCCACCAGCGCUCCCGUUUGCAGCGUGGCCGUGGCCUUGAUGCCCUUUCUCUUAGUUUUCUAGAGGAGACCCGUAAAAUACUGCUAAUUCCUGAGAAACGGAGCUUUCUAUUGCUUCUGUUGAAAGAAGUUUUGCCGGGGGAGAUGGCAGAGGUGCGCCUGAUCUCUCCUCGGACCCCGCCUGAACUCUGCAGCGCAUCUCUCACUCGAUCACCGUCUCUUCGAAGCAAAGCCGGCACGAGCGGAGCUACCUUCCGUGGAAUAAACUGGAUUGUUUUUUUAAUUUUUAUUUUUAUUUUUGGUACUUUGCGGUUCAUUUUUGUCUAAAGACAUUUCCAGUGGGAAGCGGCUCCCGGGUGGGGUGGCAGGGGCUGGAAGAGGCAAGUGAGGUGGUUUUGUUUCUUUGUCGUUAGGAAUCCACGUGCUCUGUCUUCAGCUAUUUAUUUAUUUUGCAAAAUAUCGGCCCUCCGGUUAACUGCAAGCCUUAUUAUCCCACAGCCACCACGACUCGGACCUGAUUUUAAGGGGUUUGUUUGGUUUUUUCCCUUCGUUUUAAAAUUCUUCCGCCUUUGGAAGGAAUGGGGUGGCAGUAUGGCAUUUGGAAAUAGCUCUUAAUAGCCGGUGUGAAGAGAUCAUGGGGAGGGGGUCAAACGAAAAAGGUGCCGAGCGUCUUGCGCAACGACAUUCCUCGCCCAGAGCCCGCCCGCCAAAACCUUUUCAUUAAUUUUUUUUUUUUUCAAGUAGAUACCCAUGGAUAACAAGCGAGAAGGCGUAGAUCCUAACGGACGCUCACAGAGGCUGUAUCUCUCAAUUUAGAAUUAAUUAUACAAUUGUACAUCUAUAAAUAAAUGUUUAUAACAUGAAAA